CGGAACUUCAGAAUUAACACAUUUAUUUUCUUCUUUCUGUUAUAGAAUGGCUUUAAAUUUAUUUUUAAAAUUAAAAUUUUAUUUUUAACGUUUUUGUUUAAUUUUAUUUUAUUAUUCUAAUGUACCAUAUAGAAUGCCUCAAGUUAUAGUUGAUAAUCUUGAAAUUCCUCUAUUCAGACUAAGUCUUUUGGGACCUGUACACAGCGGGAAAACAUUCCUGGCAAAUUCACUUGUAAAUAACGUUUUACCUUCAGUUUAUAAACAUACACAUUUACCCGAGUUAUACUAUUAUGUACAUAAGCUAUCUUCUGGAGCGGAUUUUGAAGGUUCACAUGAUGAGACGAAGACAUUUUGUUUCGAAAUCGAGGACACCACUACCGAUUUCGACCUGCUCCAUUUCACGGAUAUUCGCAGUAUUCGAUAUGAAUAUUUUGAUGAUUCUCAAAAUUAUAUUCCAUUUGCAUUUUAUGAUGCUCCAAAGUCGCCAUUUGUUGAGGGUGACAGUUAUUCCCCAAUAGGCCAGAGGAGAAUGUCAUUUCUGGUUUUAUUUGACGUAACUUCUGUUGAAUCGUACUACCACGCCAUCACAAUAACUGAGCUUUUGCUGAGUAGGAACCAAACCACCGGGCUUCAUCAACCUGUAGUGGCUCUCGUGGCUAAUAAAAUCGACUUGGUGCAGUCGGACAAUGAGAUUUUUUCUCAUGCUGAAACUUACACUCAGAGUAAAAGCAUACCUUUUUAUCGCAUUUCAUGCCUGACUAAGAAGAAUGUAAGGACUAUGAUGAAGGAGGUAGCUCUCUUAAUUUACGGAAAUGUACGACUUUGGGAACUUGUACUUAGAAAUGACUAAUAUCUUAU